AUGUCGUGUCGCCCUGUCAAAGUGCAUUGGAUCGUCUACGCCGUCAAAGUGCUCUGGAUCGUCUACGCCUUAUGGCCAUUGGGAAGAACAUGCCUCUACAUGAAGAUCAUUAUUGAUGUGCUCGAGGAAACUUGUCGGCAACUCGUUGAAGUCCACGAAAGGAAUGAUGACAUACUAGAGGAAAACAAACAAUUGAGGGAGGAGAUUUCUUUGUUAGGAAAUUAA